CUGUGUUUCUGCUCACUUCUUCACAGCGAGCGGACUACGAGAAUAAACAAUUCCCACAGAGUAAACGCUGCGCACUUCGGUCACAGUCGCAAAAAAAAAAAAAAAAAAAAAAAAAAAAAAGCAACGAUGCAUUUUCAGGACUACACUGUGAUUUUUUUGAGCCGCGUCCCAGCUCAGAGACAGAUGUGACGGUGGAUUAUACCGAUGCGUCUCAGCGGCUGACUGUGGGGUGGACGCCGCAGCAUGUAUCCAUCCCAUCUGAGUCCACUUCAGUGAAUAGCAUCUAAUGAACUUCAACAUUAAAGCUAUCAUUCCCUCUUUCUCUCUCUGCCAUAGGUCCCCCAUAAGAUCUGCAAGGCUGAAAGCCACCACUGACAGACUGAUUGCCAGGCUUUAGGACAGACAUCCCAAACAUCUAGAGCCAUGGAAUGUGUCAACAUCUUUGUUGAGAAAUCCCGCUGACUCCUCACUUGCUACUCACCUAAGCCUGGGGCUGGGCCUUCUGGGAUCCUACGGUGUUUAAAGGCAUUCAGCAAUGCCUGGGAGGCCCACCUGCCCCAGAUUUCAUCUAACCAUGGUUGCUGUUUCACCACAUUACUGACUGUGCCCGCUGCAGAGGGAUCGCAUCCUUCCUUCAGCCCCCCAAUUCUUUUCCCUCUUUUUGGCAUUUAGGAAGUACAUUCCACUGUCAACCAGAUGACCUAGUGGACAUUUGUUUCCCUGUAGCAUUGCUGAACCAUACGAAAGGAUUUUAGUAUUGAACAUGACUCAUGGGGAGGAGCCUGGCCCUGAGACACACAAGGAUUCAGCUGUUCUAACUUAUCUGGAAGGUUUACUGAUGCAUCCAGUCGUGGCCGGGCCUGGGGCCACGGCAAGUGGAAGGUCUGAGGGUGCCUGCAAUAACCAGGAACAGGUUGACAAGGCAGGUGGGCCCUUCCAGCUACCCAACCAUGGUCCAUCAGCUCCCAAGGCUGGAACUAAUGGGCCUACAAUGGGUACUUCACAGCACCUGAAGAAGGCCCGCCUACUGAGCUCUGGGGCCUGGAAUGAUACAGGGGACCAGCGAAUGAGUUCUCCCUCGUUGGAGGUUAAUGGCCAAGGUGGAGUAUUGCAAAAUGGAACACCAGAGGGUUCGCCUCAUGCUGGGGAGAGCACCCUGUUGGCUUCCCUACUUCAGUCAUUUAGCUCAAGGCUUCAGAGUGUGGCAAUGUCCCAGCACUCUAAUAAGUCCCCCAGUGAGUCUUCUGUAUCCAAGGAAGUACCUGCAGACAAAGAAAGACAUCCAGUGUACGGGACAGCCUCAAGCCGUUUGAAGGGCCUGAUGAGGAAAAGCAAACUGCAGAAUCACAGCAGCACACCUUAUAGUCGACGAGAACGAAGUCAGGACAGGCCACCAGAAUCUCCUCGUUCAGCACACAGUGCCACGCCUCCCUCUGUUCCCACAGCUGCUGAAUCUGUAUCGUGCGCAGAUCGACUGAAGGCGGUGGCCAACAUGGUGAAAAUCCGCUCCAGUCCAGCGCCAUCACCCAAACCCAGUGUGGCUUGCAGUCAGCUGGCUCUGUUACUGUCUAGUGAAGCCCAUCUUCAGCAGUACUCCAGAGAGCAUGCACUCAAAGCUCAACUCUCAGGACAGUCUGCCAGCGAGCGACUGGCUGCCAUGGCAAACCAGCAGCACGGUCAAGACAAAAGGCCACCGAGUGUGGGAGGGACUAUGCCUGAAACCCCAGAACCACUAAGCUCCUUAACAACCCAAAAUGGAAUGACGACAACCACAAUAACAGCAGCACUCCCGACAAUGGGCUUGCCUCGUUCACAGAGCACCUCCUUGCUGCAUGGCCACAGCCAAAGCUCUCCACCCACCCCCCCACAUGCUGUAAGUCACAGUCACCCGCCGAGGGAGAAGCGAGGCUUUGACUCACGCCCAACUCGCCCCCCUCAGACCUGCAGCAGCUUGCUCCUGCUGCUCCUCAACAACCACAACAACCAGAAGCAGCUGACAAAAAAUGGGCACCUGGAAGAUAGCUGUGGAAUUCUCCCACUGAGCGGCUCCUCUUCAGUCACGUCAGACAGCGAGUGCUCCACCCAGGAGAGGAGCCUCGCGAAAGACAGUGAUGCAGAAAGUUCUUAUUCCAGCUGCUCUCCCAUUGAUCUCUCUGUGAGGAGUCGGCCCAUUACCCAAGAAACGGGGCCUAAAACUGCCACCCCCUCUUCUUCCUUCUCCUCAUCCUCCAAUACCCACUCUUCCUCCACCGCAGUGUUUGCUUCAACACCAAAUACGUUCUCCCCUCGGCCUUCAACACAGCCCUCCACCACGGCCUUCUCACCUGUCUCCGCUCUGGUCUCAUCUGUCUCCACUGAUAUUUCUUCACCUUCCUCUUCUUCUUUCUCUACCUCUUCCCUGGAUAAACUAACGGAAACUUUAAUAAACAAGUGGAAACCAGAGCCAUCAGGAUUAAAAGCAUCUAAGCGCAAGGAGCCUGAAACAACCACCAACAUGAAGUCCCACCCGAAGGUUACACUAAUGCAGCUCCUUCUUGAGCGCAGAAAUAAUGAGAAGGUAAAUAAAAGUGCGGGUAAUCAGGACAUGCCUGUUAUUACGGCUGUGACCUCCAUGUCUCGGGGCCACUCAAAAGGAUUGGUGCCUUGGGAAGAGGUCAGGACAAAAAGCCCCGUAGAUAGGCCUGUACGCAUAGCCCAGCCUCAUUACUCACUCAGUCGUGACCCCGGUGGUUCACUGUCCCCAUACUCUUAUCCGUCCCCUCAUGGCCAGUCUAGCCCAUUGGAUUUGUGUAAAUCUAAAGCCUUCCCUACUGAGAAAGCUUCAGAGCCUGCCUUUAGUGCCAGCAAACUGUUACAGAAUCUGGCUCAGUGUGGCACAGCUUCAUCCUCUCCACCCACCCCUUCCAACAAAGGUCUGAGCCAGGAGACUGAUGCUGGGAGGCCCCUUGCUCUGUUAGAGAGGCUGAAUGCUCCAAUCCACAGAAUCACCACUACCCCACUCUCUGACAGGCUUUCAGGCGGUGGCACACCUGUCAACCGGAAAGAAGACUCACCGCCUUCCUCACAAAUUGAGAACCUUCUGGAAAGGCGCACAGUGCUGCAGCUCCUCCUUGGAACAAGCUCAGCUACUAGUACGAGUAGCCACAAAGACAGGCCUGGUGGGUCUGUUGGGAGUGUGGAAAUGGCAGGCGGGUGCUUUGACAAAAGCCCAGGUGCCUCCAGUAUUUGUGAUAGCUCCAAUGGGCCCUCUUUGGAUGUAAAGAUCAAGACGGAGCUGGUGGAGGAGGUGGAACCCUCCUCUGCAAUUUCUGAGGACAUGUGUGGCAGAAAGAGGUCAAGUGACUAUGGCAAGAGUAGCCCAAACUCAGUAUCACAGCAGCACAUGAAAACAGAACCAAGACCUGCAGAGGUCAUCGCUAAAUAUGGCCUCCUCAGCCAGCUGCUAAAACAACAAACUGCAACUUACUAUACGAAUUCUGUUAUGCACGCGGCGUCACAGACCACGUGGGUUAAAGAUGAACCAAGAGAAUAUCCAAGCCCCAGUCCUAAGAAGCGACGCGUGUGCUCUGAUCGAACUGAAAACAGCAGCUCUCCAAGAGCAGCAGAUAGUGGUGAUACCAGCAGUUUCAUGUCUUCUGUUGUUCAGGAAGAGCCUGAGCUACAGAGGAGCCUGAAAGAAGAUGCUCCAUCAAGGAACCUCCCAAAUAACACCCCCAACAGAGAGAGUCGGGGCUUCAACGUACUCAAACAGCUGCUGCUCUCUGACAACUGUCUGAAGGACCUGUCCCAGCAGCCCCGGGUGGUACCUAGUCCUCCCAUCCUGCAGGCUAAUGGCAGCGCCAACGGCAGCAUCCUCAAUCAGCCCACUCAAAAUCACAACUUCCUCCACCUACCCUGGCAACCCCACGGCUCCAUCAGCUCAGGUCUCUCGAGUCAUCUCAGACCACUGCCCAUGCCCCCGUCAAGCGACGGACCUGUCCAACCCCUUUGGGGUUGCCACUCAGCCCGCUGGCCAGGCGCUCAAAAACGAGACCCCGCUAGUGUUGUUAAACAGGAGCCUGGCAGCCCUGUACGAUGGAGCGUUCAGGAAAAAGAGGAAGAGAAAGGCUGUGACUCCAACCCUGACUCUCCACGCCUCUCCCGCUCCAACCCCAUCUUGUAUUACAUGCUGCAGCAGGGGAGCGUCCAGCUGAGGAAGGAGGUGAAGGAACAGGCAGAGGAGGCCCAGCCUGUGGUGGUCAGAGUUAAGGAGGAGCCAGACAGUGACAUGCAUGCUUAUGAACAUAGUCUGAGCUCCACGCCACAAUCGCCGACGACCCACACUGACAAGCACAGCCGUGAGAACCAAGGGCUGAGCCAGUCAACGGAGUAGAAGUACGAUAGAAAAAAAAACAAAAAAAAAAACCUACACAAUGGGAAAAUAAUUCAUUUUGUGUGGGCGUGUGUGUGGAGUUUUUUUUUUUAUUGCCAAAUUGGUUUGAUAAGACAAAUAAAGAAAAUAUUUUUUUUUUUAAAUAGAGCAAAUUCAAAGUGCAUACUUCCGUUGUUUUAUCCAAAUACCGAGGUCAUGCAAAAGGUACAAAAUACAUGAGAAAAAUGUCAACCACAAGUACCCAAUACUGAUACAAACUGAGUCCAUAUUUUAGUUUAUUCCCAAGUCCUCCGUUAGAAUUCUAAUCCUUUUUACAACUAUUAUUUGCAUCUGAAUUGUGCAUACAUUGUUCCACGUCCUCGUUGUUGCCGACCAUAAAACAUUUAGAUGCGGCAUUUCAAGCAACAUUUAUUAUUGAUGACUCCAAAAAUGUUAGUGCUCAGUUCAGCGGACAUUUAUUUAUUUUCUCCAUCAGGACAUCUUUAGACAGACAGAAGCCCAUCAAUUUAGAUAAGAUGCCAAAUGAAGCAUUUCUAGGGCGGCGAUAGCGCUCUAUUACAACAUUGUACAAGAAUGAUUAAUUCAAAAGAGGACCCUGAAAAACAAUAAUCGCACUGUGAUAGCUUCAGUGAGGACUCUUACCAUGAUGUAAGCUUUGUGUUGCUUUUGUGAAAAAAAGGGGGAAAAAAAAUUUACAAACCGAGGUCUGAAUGGUCAUAACUCAUUGUAUUUUGAUUUCAUUUCAAACGAGGUGGCUGUGCGGCCGAUAUUCGACGGUGCAAAUUCAGGGUAAUGUGUUUGCAGAUUGUGCAGUUUUUGAACAGAUGGGUCAACAGAGCGCGCUUACAGUUGAGCAACCGUGUGUAAACAGGUUUCUAGAGCAACAGUUGAAAGGCUGCAGUGUGUGAGAAACGUAUCUCACCAUCCUGGGUAAACCAGCACCACUUCUUUAUGCACACACAGACUUUUUGAGCGUGAAGCACAUGGCAUGUCUCUUUUUUCCGUUUGUGUAAAGGUGCACCCAGAGUUUGCACUAUCGAAGCUGGGUCCUCUUAUCUCCUUUUUUCAGAAUAAUUUAAAUGGCAUGUAACUUUAAAAAAAAAGAAGUCAGUAUUGUUUAUCCGUUGAGAAUUUGACAGCUUGUGAUUUUUCUUUUCUUUUUCCUUUCACCACCAUUUCUUGUGGUUUAACUUUUGUUUAAAUAUUAUUUUAUUAUUAUUUGUGGCAGUCUCUUAACUCAUAAAAUGUCAAAAGAAUUGCAUGAAGAUCAAGAGAGGGCCACGGGUACACUUCUAUUAUUAUUUUUCUAAGCAGCUGGAUACACUCUCCCAAUAAUCACCUCCACAUUGUGGUUUUAUUGGAGGAUAUCUGGUUAUCUGGCUCCUUGUUUUGAUUGUACUGUAUUCUUUUUUGUAUCAGUUUUAAUUUUACAUACCGCUUUGUCCAUUUAGUCUUGUGAUCUUUUUAAUGCAUAUACCUAUGAAGUAUGUUUCUUUGAUUAUUAAUACAUUUUCACAAUGGUUAAAUAUAUUUGUGUAAAUAGUACUUUCAGUAUGAAAGAUGACUAUUUGUAAUGUUUAAGAAAAGAUAUUGCCCUAGUUUUUAAUGCCCUGAGCUGUAAAUACGAAUUAUAUGCGUACAAGUGUACAUACAAAGGCAGAGGAUGCUAUGCCCAUCUUUUUUUUUUCUUUUUUCUUUUUCUGAGUUGGUUUGUUCUUUGCAUGUGUCUCUAUGUAGUAAAUGAUAAUCUAUCCUGCGCUGUGUUGUGUAAUAAUGUCUGACUCUCCUCACUGCUGCCUGUUGCAUGCAGACGCAUGGGAACUACCUGUGUAUCCCUACUGGUGAUGGGGGGAAUAUGUCAAGUCUUAAAAUAGGUCUCUCUCUUUUCUUUUUUUUUCUUUUUUUAUCACAGAGAGGGGUUUGUUUAGAGUAUGAAAAAGUCCCUAAAUAACCACAGGCUGUUGAACAAGUUGAUAAAAAUGUGUGGAAAAAUAAAUGUGCAUUGAAUAUUUUUGUGAUUUUAUUUUUUUUGUUUCUUUUCUGUUACUGGUUAACAAAACUUAUGAAAGAGCUCGGGGUUAUAGUUGGGGAUUGACGUACAAUCAUAGAUCUGCAUUGUGCAUCUAAGAAAAAAAAAUUUGUAGCAGCAAAUACAAAACAAAAAAAUAUAACUUUUUCAUGUGAAAACCUGAAGCGCUAUUGAAUUUUUUUUUUUUUUUUUUUUUUUAAUGUUUUCAUUUUUGGUGUUCAUUUGCACUGAUAUCUCAAAAAUAAAGUACUAAAAUGCAUGA